UCUGCAUCGGAGAGACCGAGGGACCGGGGCCAGCGCACAGAGAGACUAACUUCGUGAUGACUUUCCCCCAGUAGGGUUAGGGUGAGCAUAUCACUGCUAGAAUGAGUAAUUACGGGUCCCAGAAUCGCCUGUACCAUGGCCAGAGUUCGGCCUCCAAAGGCGACUUGACUGGCAGUUACGCACGCAGCGGUGGCGGUAAUGGAUACGAUCCCUACCAGGAAGGAUACAACACCUACACCUUUUCAAAGUCCUCUGGAGGCGGCAUGCCGAGUGGAGCAAUGAUGAACGGAAUGAUGUCGGGAGGCACAAUGUCCAACGGUAUGGUGAUAAAAGGCGGACAUAGCACCAUGAUGAGCAGUUCGGGAGGCGGCAUGUCAGGCGGCAUGGGAGGCGGAAUGGCAAGCGGCAUGUCAGGCGGCAUGGGAGGCGGAAUGGCAAGCGGCAUGGCAAGCGGCAUGUCAAUGUCAGGUGGAAUGGGAGGCGGAAUGGGAGGCGGAAUGGCAAGCGGCAUGGCAAGCGGCAUGUCUAUGUCAGGCGGAAUGGGAGGCGGCAUGGCAAGCGGCAUGGCAAUGUCAGGCGGCAUGGGAGGCGGCAUGGGAGGCGGAUCGAGCACCAUCCACCAGAAGGCCGUGCUGCUGCAGAACCAGUGCCAGGAGUACCUGAAGAAAGCCGAAUACGCCCUUCAAUCUGGCGGUUCCCCGGCUGAUGUAGAGCGCUACAUGAUGCUGGCUAAAGAGUCUAUAGUGCACAUGAGGAACUGCGCCAUGGACCUGAGACAACUGGGACAGCCCAAUGACAACGUAGUGAGGACAUUGGAGGUAUGUAAAGAUCAGCUGAAGGUAGUCCAGAUGGCCAUGACGGGCAGCCUGCACAGGAGGAGGAGCACCAGAGUAAGCUCGGGAGGAUGGGAGGAGCCUGGAAGGAGCUUCCAAGAUGCUAUUGGAUGGAUUGCACAACGCAAGCGUCUGAUUGAGACGGCCCCCUGGGGAGACGACCCUGCAUCCAUCGAGCAGCAGGUCCUCAGCCACCAGAGCUUCCACAGCGCCAACCAGAGGUCUGCAGAGGUGGACCGGGCCAGAGAGGACCUGAUGAAGAAUGGAGACAAGGGGAAUCUUCAUGCUCUGGAUCAGGAAUGGGAGAGUCUGCAGCAAAUGUCCAUUGGUCGAACCGAGCAGUUGCAGGAGCUCAAGAAAAUCAUUCAGGAUAUUUCCAGAGAGAUCAUGUGGGUGAACGAACGGGAGGAGGAGGAGCUGAUGUUUGACUGGGGAGACAAGAACAUCGACAAAUACAUCCCGAAGAAGCAGGAGGGCUACUCGAAACUGAUGAGUGCCCUGGAGGAAAAAGAGAAGGACUUGAAUAAACUCAAAGGAACAGUUGAUACACUCCUGAAGAACAACCAUCCGGCUUCAGACAAGAUCGAGGCUUACAGUGACACUCUGCAGACUCAGUGGAGUUGGCUCCUUCAAAUCACCAAGUGCAUUGAUACUCACCUGAAGGAAAAUGGCGCUUACAACCAGUUCUUUAAAGAGGCCAACGAGACGUACAGCAAGCUGCAGAAGGAACACGAGGCGGUCCGUAAGAAGUUCAUCUGUGACAAGAACACUACUCUGGAGGACCUAGGGGAGAUGCUCAAUGGGCUGGAGAGAGAGAAAGAGAUCAUUAUGGAAAACAAGAGGCAGGUUCAACAUCUGGUCCACAAGUCCAGGAGCAUUGUGAGGCUGAAACCCAGAAACGCCGAAGACAAGAGCAGCAGCCAAGUCAUCGUCAAAGCCCUGUGUGACUUCAAACGAGAACAGAAGGUGAUCUGUAAGGGAGAUGAGGCGAUCCUAAAUAACAACAGUCAGCGCAGUAAGUGGGACAUUACAGGUCCGGGAGGCCUGGAUAUGUCGGUGCCCUCUGUGUGCCUGAUCGUACCCCCCCCCAACCCACUCAGCAUCAGUCUGGCCAACAAGAAUGAGCAGUACUACGACGCCAUCAUGUCAAUCUGGAAUCAGCUGUACAUCAACGUAAAGAGUCUCAUCGCCUGGCAGUACUGCCUCAUUGAUAUCAGACAAAUCAACUCCCUCACCAUGACCAUGCUGUCCCGCAUGCCUCCUGAGGAAUACCGACAACUCAUCAAGCGCAUGGAGACUCGCUUCGAGGAGUUCAAAUCGUGCAGCUACGGCUCCGAGAUGUUUACUGACGAUGACAAGCGUGGCCUGGAUAACCAGAUCACCGGAGCCCAGACCCACUACGAGGAGCUGGUGGUUCAGCUGCCUGCUUACACUGGGAAACUAGAAGCAGAGGAUCAGCAAAACACACAGUACCUGAUCCUGAUACAGCAGCAGCAGCAGCAGCAGCUGCUACUGGAGCAACAGGCUGCAGCAGAGGCGGAGGCCAGGAGACUUGAAGAACUACGAAGAAGAGAAGAGGUUAAGAAAGUGAAGAAAAUAGAGGUCAGAGUGGUAAAUAAAGUGAAGAAGGAAGAAGUUAAAGCCACCAAGGCAGAGGUGGUGAAGAAGGUGGGGAAAGGGUCCUCCUCUUCUUCCUCCUUCUCGUCCUCCCGCAGUUUAUCUGAGCUGCACACGCUCAGACUCAAGCUGGAGGGCGCCGAGGGCACGCUGAGUCAGCAUGUUCACAUCUGCCUCGGAGAUGACGGGAUACGCGACUGUGGCCUCAAGAUCUCUCAGUUAGAGACGGUGCAGCAGGAUGUCCACUCCAUGAACGAGGAGUACGUACGUCUGAGGGAGCAAAUCUUGAAGGAGCUGGAGGGCAUGAAUGACCCGGAUAAAGCCCAGUUCCUACGCAGUGAGAUUGAGAUUAUUAACCAGAGACUGGGCGUUCUUGAGAGCAGCUCGUCAGCUUACCUGCAGCGGCUCCAGGCUCUAAGGGACAUGCUGGAGAGCGUGGCAAGAGCUGAAGACAUAGUGAAAGUUCAUGAAGCAAGGCUAACAGAAAAAGAGACCACUUCCCUGACGCCCAGUGAGGUGGAGGAUUACAUGUCGACCCUUAAGAAUAUCAAAGCAGAGCUGGAUCAGAAGAAGUCAGUGUUGGCCUCCAUGGAGGCGGAGUUAUCCCAGGCCAACCACUGGAACGGCCAGGUGGGCGUGCCCUUCUACAGGUGUGACAUGAUGCUGUCCAAAUACAGUGAGCAGGUGGGCUUGCUGACAGACCGCUGGAAGCGAAUCCAAGCUCAGAUUGACACCAGAGUCCAGGAUUUGCAGAUGUAUCACCCUCAGCUGAAGCACUACAAGCAGACCAGCACCUCCAUUAUUGACUGGAUUGAUACCACACGGAAGAAACAAGACAGCCUGCAGGCCACCAAGAUCGAGAGCAUCCCUGCACUGACGGAGCAUAUUACCAAACAGAAGACUCUGAACUCAGAAAUCAAAGCGAAGAGGGAGACAGUGGAGCGAGUGCUGAGGGACAACGAGGCCUGUGUGAACUCUAUCAAGGACUAUGAGACAGACUUGGCAGCUUACAGCUCUGGUUUAGAGACUUUGCUCAACAUCCCCGUCAAAAGGACAAUGCUGAAGUCGCCAACGAUGGAUCUCAAUGUGGAAGCUACACAACUGCAAACCCGUUACAUGGAGUUGCUCGCCCAUUCUGGUGACUACUCCAAAUUCCUGGGAGUGCUGCAGAAAAACAUGGAGGAGCUCAAGAUUCGUAACACCAGGAUUGACCUGUUGGAAGAAGAACUUCGCCAGCUGAGAGAGAACAUGCAAGACAGCCAUGCCAAGAACAAAUCUCUGGAAGACGCCGUUACACGUUACCAGCUGGAGUUGUCCAACUCGAAGGACCAGCUGCUGUCAUUGGAGGAGGUGAAGCAGAUAACUACGCAGCAGUGCAAUGCCACCAAGGACAGCCUGGACGGCUACCAGAGCCAAAUGUCAGACCUCAACGAUCAGGUGAUUCGUCUCCAAUAUAUGCUCGAUGAAGAAAAGAGGAAGAAGAAGCUGGCAGAGGAGCGCUACACUACACAGCAGGAGGAGUACGAGUUGGUGCUGAGGAAGAGGCAGAAGGAGCUGGAGACGGUCAGCUGGUCCAAGGUGGAGUUGGAGAAGAAUGUGUCGACUAAGGAGCACGAAAUCGAACAGCUGCGGCGGCAGCUGGCUGAGGAGGCAGCAAGGAUCAAGGAGCUUCAGAGGGAGAUGUCAAAGGUAAGGAGCCAAUGCAGUACGGAGAUCAAUAAUUUAAAGCUCAGCUACGAAUCCCACAUCCAUGUCAGCCGCACAGACAUCCAUAGGCUGUCAGCCAAGAAGGAGGAGGAUACAGCAGAUCUCCAGCUGCAGUACAACGCGGUGGAGGCAGAGAGGAGGGAUCUGGAGGAGCAGCUCAGCAUGCUCAGGAUGUCUAUGAGCAAGGCUGAGGAACAACGGCAAAGGGCAGACAUAGAAGCUCACAGCCAGCGCUCUGUCGCCGAAGAGGAAGGGUGCAGGCGGAGAGAUCUGGAAAUUGAGUUGGAGCAGCUGAGGAGUCAGAGUGAUGAGGAAAUGAGCCGGUAUAAAAAGGAGCUGGCGGAGGUCAUGAAGAGACUGCAGGAGAAGAGUGACGAGCUGGCCUACAUAACUCACAGUCUGGAGGAGGAGACCCGCAGGAGGAGAACUAUAGAGGAAGGGCAGGUUGUGCUUGAACAGACAUUGGCCCAGCUGCAGGUGAAGCUAACCAGUUCAUCAGUGGCUUUUACCCAGUUGGGCGUGUGCGAGGAGGAGCUUCUGAAGAUCCGCUCCGAUCUGGAAAAGGAGAGCAGGGGGCGAAUCAGAGUAGAACAGAAUUUAAGCAAGUUACAGGGACGAAUGAAAGACAUUCAGGAUGUUAGAGAUGGGCUGGAGAGCCAAGUGGAGAAUCUGAGGAAGGCUAACCAGGAGGAAGUGUCCAGAAGAAGGCAAGUAGAAAGAGAGCUGGAGAACACCACCAGUGCCAUGACAGAGUACGUCAGCACCCUUACCACUCUACGCCAGAGCCAAGAACAUACCAGUAUGUCAGAGAAGAAAGGUGAAGCAGAGCGUCUUAGGUUGCAGGAGGAACUGGAGAGAAGUUUCAAACAAAACAAGGCAUCUGCAGAGCGCAUGACACAGAUGAGUGCCGAGCUGAAGGCUCUGCAGCAACAACUCCUCCAGGAGCAGGCCAGAGGCAAAGAGGCAAACCUCAGGAACGAGAGCCUUUACAAAACUAUAGAAGAGAAGAGUAAGGUACUGAAUGCGAACUCGGUUGAGCUUCAAAGGUUAAAGGUGACGACAGAAACCCAGACCAAAGAGAGGCUCAAGCUAGAGGAGGAACUCAGGGCAACACGCCAUGACAAAGAGGAACUCCUGAGAAGCAAACAGGGAAGUGCUGAUGAGCUCUCCUCCCAGAUCAGUGCCCUGGAGCUGCAGCUGAAGGCCAGUGAGCGCAGCAAUGUAGAUUACCACAACCUGAUCUCAGAGCUUUCCUCAGAGAGGGAGAAAAUCAAGCUGGAGACUGAGAAAAUACGAAAGCAGGCCACCGAGACAAAAGUCACCAUGCAAACCAUCGAGUCCCAGUACAGUGAGAUAGAGAUAGAGAGAGAUAAUCUUUUGAGGAAAGUACAAUCAUCAGACAAGGAUAGUGAUCGCUGCCGAAUACUGGAAGAGGAACUCAGGCUCAUUAAAUCGUCCAAAGACUCUGAGCUUCGUCGUCUACAAGAGGAUAACGAGAAGGUGAAGAAGGAUUUAAAUUACUGGAAGGACCAGUAUGAAAGUAAGCAGGACACGAUAAGGCAAUAUGAUACAGAGAAGAAUCGUAUGGAGAGUGAAAAGAAGAGUUUGAAAAGUGAGAUAGAUAGGCUGAUGCGGGAACUCAAGGAGCUUGAUGAGAAAUAUAAAAGUAGGCUGUCAGACAUGGAGAAGGAACUGAGGGAUGUGGUCGUUGUCAGAACAAACAUGGAAACUCAGCUGACAAAAGCUAGAGAGACGCCAGCCGUGGAUCCCUCCUCUUUGGUUUUUGAUGGAGUCCGUAAGCCAGUCACAGCAGACCAGUUGCUUGACUGUGCAGUCUUGGACCAACCAACAUUUAGCCAGCUUGUAAAGGGACAAAAGACUGUCCCUGGGGUGUCUGAUGACAAAAAGGUGAAUCUCAAAGGGACAGGUCCAAUAGCUGGGGUGGUAGUUGAAGGUCCGAAAGGUCCAGGGUCUAUUAUUGGACCCCUAUACAAAAUGACAUUAACCGAAGCCAAGAAAGAGAAUCUUCUGCCACCAGAUUGCGUUUACCUGCUAUUGGAUGCACAAGCUGCAACAGGCCACAUCAUUGACCCCAGAACUAAUCAGAAGUUUACAGUUGAAGAGGCAUGUGCUCAAGGUGUGGUUGAUGAAGAGGAAAGGGAGAGGUUGCUAGCAGCAGAGGGUGCAGCUGUAGGAUAUCGUGGUCCUGGCACCAGCAAACCCCUAUCAGUAUUUCAGGCCAUGAAGAAAGGACUAAUUGACAAGAACACAACAUUGCGUCUGCUACAAGCCCAGGAGUCUGUGGGGGGCAUUCUAGAUCCUGUACUUAGUGUGUUUCUUCCCAAAGACAAAGCCAUUGAGCGUAACCUAAUUAAUGAUGACAUAAAACGUGCUCUGAAUCAGGAGCCUGAGCUGUACAUGGACCCAGAAAGUGAAGAUGGUGUAACCUAUAUGUCAAUGAAGAAGAGAUGCAAGGUAGAACUACACACAGGCCUUCUUCUGCUUCCUGUCCCUGAGAAGGUAGAUCAUUCCAAACUAGUCUUUGAUGGUGUUCGGAAACCUGUCACAGCCAAGCAUCUGCUGGAUUGUGGUGUCCUGGACAAGCCAACGUUUAAAGAUCUGGAAAAGGGAAAGAAAACGGUUCCGGAGGUGUCUGAUGACAAAAAGGUGUCACUGAAAGGGACUGGGCCUAUUGCUGGGGUUGUAGCUGGGACUAGAGGGAAAAUGUCUUUCACAGAAGCCAAAAAACAGAUGCUUAUUAGUGAAGAUAGUGCAGAUUUGCUACUGGAAGCCCAAGCUGCCACAGGCCACAUCAUUGACCCUAAAACUAAUCAGAAGCUAACUGUAGAGGAGGCAUGUGCCAGAGGGGUGGUAGACAUUAGGGAUAGAGACAAACUAUUGGCAGCUGAAGCUGCUGCUGUUGGAUACAACCAUUAUGGUACAGCCAAGCCUCUCUCAGUGUUUGAGGCCAUGAAGAAGGAUGUUAUUGACAGAGAGGCUGGACUACGUCUGCUGCAGGCCCAGGAGUCUGUGGGCGGCAUUCUAGAUCCUAAUCUUAGUGUGUUCCUCCCUAAAGACACAGCUAUCAAGCGCAGACUUUUGGAUGAAAACCUCAGAAAAGCUCUAAACCAGAGUCCUAAGUGUUACCUUGACCCAGAAACUGAGCUUGAAGACAGCUAUGAAGCAUUGAAAAAAAGAUGCACAAUAGAGCCUCACACAGGUAUGUUACUUUUGCCAAUUACUGAGAAGCAAGACCCUUCCAAACUGACUUUUGAUGGUGUCCGUAAGACAGUUACAGCGCAGCAGUUGCUUGAUUGUGGGGUCUUGGACAAACCAACAUUCGACCAACUAAUAAAGGGAGAGAAAACUGUCCCAGAGGUGUCUUUGGAUAAGAAGGUGUUUUUAAAGGGGACCGGAUCAAUUGCUGGGGUAGCAGCUGGACCUAUGGGGAAAAUGUCUCUAUCGGAGGCUAAGAAACAAAUGCUCAUGCCCUCAGAGAGUGCAGAUUUGCUCCUGGAUGCACAGGCUGCCACGGGUCACAUCAUUGACCCUUUAACCAAUCAGAAGCUGACCGUAGAGGAAGCAUGUGCUCAAAGAGUGGUGGACAUUAGGGAUCGAGAUAGACUCUUGAAAGCAGAAGCUGCGGCUGUAGGCUACCGGGAUCCUGACACAGCAAAGCCUCUGUCAGUGUUUGAGGCAAUGAAGAAGGGUCUAAUUGAUAGGAAGACUGGGCUUCGUCUUCUGCAGGCCCAGGAGUCUGCCGGAGGCAUUCUAGAUCCUAAUCUCAGUGUGUUCCUUCCUAAAGACACAGCUAUCAAGCGUAACCUUUUGGAUGAGGACCUCUAUCGGGCUCUAAACCAGAGUCCUUCGUGCUACAUUGACCCAGACACCGAGCGCGAAGCCAGCUAUGGGUCUUUAAAGAAGAGAAGCAAAACAGAGUCUCACACAGGCCUGAUACUUCUGCCAAUAACUGAGAGGAAAGACCCUUCCAAACUGACUUUUGAUGGUGUCCGUAAGACAGUUACAGCACAGCAGUUGCUUGAUUGUGGGGUCCUGGACAAACCAACAUUUGACCAACUAAUAAAGGGAGAGAAAACUGUCCCAGAGGUGUCUUUGGAUAAGAAGGUGUUUUUAAAGGGGACCGGAUCAAUUGCUGGGGUAGCAGCUGGACCUAUGGGGAAAAUGUCUCUAUCGGAGGCUAAGAAACAAAUGCUCAUGCCCUCAGAGAGUGCAGAUUUGCUCCUGGAUGCACAGGCUGCCACGGGUCACAUCAUUGACCCUUUAACCAAUCAGAAGCUGACCGUAGAGGAAGCAUGUGCUCAAAGAGUGGUGGACAUUAGGGAUCGAGAUAGACUCUUGAAAGCAGAAGCUGCGGCUGUAGGCUACCGGGAUCCUGACACAGCAAAGCCUCUGUCAGUGUUUGAGGCAAUGAAGAAGGGUCUAAUUGAUAGGAAGACUGGGCUUCGUCUCCUGCAGGCCCAGGAGUCUGCCGGAGGCAUUCUAGAUCCUAAUCUCAGUGUGUUCCUUCCUAAAGACACAGCUAUCAAGCGUAACCUUUUGGAUGAGGACCUCUAUCGGGCUCUAAACCAGAGUCCUUCGUGCUACAUUGACCCAGACACAGAGCGCGAGGCCAGCUAUGGGUCUUUAAAGAAGAGAAGCAAAACAGAGUCUCACACAGGCCUGAUACUUCUGCCAAUAACUGAGAGGAAAGACCCUUCCAAACUGACUUUUGAUGGUGUCCGUAAGACAGUUACAGCGCAGCAGUUGCUUGAUUGUGGGGUCUUGGACAAACCAACAUUUGACCAACUAAUAAAGGGAGAAAAAACUGUCCCAGAGGUGUCUUUGGAUAAGAAGGUGUUUUUAAAGGGGACCGGAUCAAUUGCUGGGGUAGCAGCUGGACCUAUGGGGAAAAUGUCUCUAUCGGAGGCUAAGAAACAAAUGCUCAUGCCCUCAGAGAGUGCAGAUUUGCUCCUGGAUGCACAGGCUGCCACGGGUCACAUCAUGGACCCUUCAACCAAUCAGAAGUUGACAGUAGAGGAAGCAUGUGCUCAAAGAGUGGUGGACAUUAGGGAUCGAGAUAGACUCUUGAAAGCAGAAGCUGCGGCUGUAGGCUACCGGGAUCCUGGCACAGCAAAGCCUCUGUCAGUGUUUGAGGCAAUGAAGAAGGGUCUAAUUGAUAGGAAGACUGGGCUUCGUCUCCUGCAGGCCCAGGAGUCUGCCGGAGGCAUUCUAGAUCCUAAUCUCAGUGUGUUCCUUCCUAAAGACACAGCUAUCAAGCGUAACCUUUUGGAUGAGGACCUCUAUCAGGCUCUAAACCAGAGUCCUUCGUGCUACAUUGACCCAGACACCGAGCGCGAGGCCAGCUAUGGGUCUUUAAAGAAGAGAAGCAAAACAGAGUCUCACACAGGCCUGAUACUUCUGCCAAUAACUGAGAGGAAAGACCCUUCCAAACUGACUUUUGAUGGUGUCCGUAAGACAGUUACAGCGCAGCAGUUGCUUGAUUGUGGGGUCUUGGACAAACCAACAUUUGACCAACUAAUAAAGGGAGAAAAAACUGUCCCAGAGGUGUCUUUGGAUAAGAAGGUGUUUUUAAAGGGGACCGGAUCAAUUGCUGGGGUAGCAGCUGGACCUAUGGGGAAAAUGUCUCUAUCGGAGGCUAAGAAACAAAUGCUCAUGCCCUCAGAGAGUGCAGAUUUGCUCCUGGAUGCACAGGCUGCCACGGGUCACAUCAUGGACCCUUCAACCAAUCAGAAGUUGACAGUAGAGGAAGCAUGUGCUCAAAGAGUGGUGGACAUUAGGGAUCGAGAUAGACUCUUGAAAGCAGAAGCUGCGGCUGUAGGCUACCGGGAUCCUGGCACAGCAAAGCCUCUGUCAGUGUUUGAGGCAAUGAAGAAGGGUCUAAUUGAUAGGAAGACUGGGCUUCGUCUCCUGCAGGCCCAGGAGUCUGCCGGAGGCAUUCUAGAUCCUAAUCUCAGUGUGUUCCUUCCUAAAGACACAGCUAUCAAGCGUAACCUUUUGGAUGAGGACCUCUAUCAGGCUCUAAACCAGAGUCCUUCGUGCUACAUUGACCCAGACACCGAGCGCGAGGCCAGCUAUGGGUCUUUAAAGAAGAGAAGCAAAACAGAGUCUCACACAGGCCUGAUACUUCUGCCAAUAACUGAGAGGAAAGACCCUUCCAAACUGAUGUUUGAUGGAAUCCGCAAGCCAGUCUCAGCACAGCAGUUGUUUGAAUGUGGAGUCCUUGACAAACCAACAUUUAAUCAGCUUGUGAGAGGGGAGAAAUCUGUCCUAGAUGUGUCUAUUGAAAAGAUGGUCUAUCUAAAGGGUACUGGACCCAUUGCUGGGGUGGUAGCUGAAUGUGAAAGAAAAAUGUCUUUCUUAGAUGCCAAGAAACAAAUGCUCCUCCCACCAGAAAGUGCAGAUUUGCUGCUAGAAGCUCAGGCUGCCACAGGCUAUAUAAUUGACCUGAAAACUAAUCAGAAGCUGACAGUAGAAGAGGCAUGCGCCAAAGGGGUGGUUGACAUUCAAAAUCGAGACAGAUUAUUGGUAGCAGAGGCUGCUGCUGUUGGCUUUAAGGAACCUAGGUCAAACAAGCUUCUCUCAGUGUUUGAGGCUAUGAAGAAGGGUCUCAUUGACAAAAAAAUCGGGCUUCGCCUGCUGCAGGCCCAGGAAUCGGCGGGAGGUAUUAUAGAUCCCAAUCUCAGUGUGUUCCUCCCCAAAGAUACAGCUAUCAAGCGCAACCUCUUAGAUGAAAACCUCCGUCAAACUCUAAACCAGAGUCCGGAAUGUUACCGUGAUCCAGAAACUGAACAAAAUACCAGCUAUGGGUCUUUGAAGGAAAAAUGCAUGAUAGAGCCUCAAGAAAGCCUACAACUUUUGCCAGUCUCUAACAAAUGUGACCCCUCCAAACUUCUCUUUGAUGGUGUUCGUAAGUCCGUCACAGCACAACAGUUGCUUGAUUGUGGAAUCCUGGACAAAUCAACAUUUAAUCAACUAAUAAAGGGGGAGAAAAGUGUUGCAGAGGUGUCUGUGGAUAAAAUGGUAUUUCUGAAGGGGACAGGGUCAAUUGCCGGUGUUGCAGCUGGACCUUUAAGAAAAAUGUCUUUUACAGAAGCCAAGAAACAGAACAUUAUGUCAUCCAACAGCGCCGGCAUGCUUCUGGAUGCUCAGGCAGCCACUGGAAAAAUAAUUGAUCCCCAAACUAAUCAAAAACUGACAGUGAAAGAAGCAUGUGCUAGAGGAGUAGUGGAUAAGGAGGAUGAAUCAAAGUUGUUUGCAGCUGAAGCUGCUGCUAUAGGUUACAAAGACCCAAAUAGUGGCAAGCUCCUGUCAGCAGGCCAGGCCAUGAAGAAGGGAUUAAUUGACAAGGACACAGCUCUACGUAUACUUCAGGCUCAAGAGUCUGUAGGGGGUAUUUUGGACCCUGCCCUCAGCGUAUUCUUUCCCAAAGAUAUUGCUAAGGAUAGGGAUCUCAUAGAUGACGACCUAUAUCAGGCCCUGAAUAAGUCUCCUAAGUGUUAUCUGGACCCAGACUCCCAACAAGCAACUACAUAUGUAUCUCUGAAGAGAAAAUGCAAAGCUGAUCCAAGCACAGGUCUCUUGCUCCUCCCUGAGCCUAAGAAGCCAAUAACUGUCCCGGGGCUCAGAGGCAAGGUGUCGGUCAUAGAUCUAGUGGAUGCAAACCUAUUAAAUCAGUCGGAUGUGGAAAAACUGGGGGAUGGCAGAUUGACGUGCAAGGACAUUGAAGACCGCCUGCGCUCCUACCUGAAAGGUUCCACAUGCAUAGCAGGAGUUUAUGAUGAGGCCACGGAUAAGGUGAUGCCGGUCUAUCACGCAAUGAAAGCUGGACUGUUGCAACCUGGGACCACCUUGGAACUGCUUGAGGCCCAGGCAGCCUCCGGUUUUAUAGUUGAUCCUGUCAACAAUCACUACUUUACUGUUACUGAUGCCUACAAUAAAAAACUGUUUGGGCCAGAGUUUAAAGACAACUUGCUAUCAGCAGAGAGGGCUGUGACUGGUUACAAACUGCCGGGUACAGACAAGAUUAUCUCCCUUGUUCAGGCCAUAGAGAGAGGUCUAGUGGAGAAAGGUCAUGGCAUCCGUCUACUAGACGCCCAGAUUGCCAGCGGUGGUAUCAUUGAUCCUGAACGCAGCCAUCGUGUUGACGUUAAAGUAGCCUACAAGAGAGGUUGCUUUACUGAAGAAAUGAACAAGACCCUGACUGAUCAGAGUGGUGAGACUAUGGGCUACUUUGAUCCUAACACAGAAGAAAACAUAACCUAUCUGGAGCUUAAGAAACGCUGUAUCACAGAUAAGAAGACAGGCCUCAUCCUUUUGCCUAUAAUGGACAAGGAAAAGCUAGAGUCAACUCUGAGUAACCGCACACGAAAGAGGAGAGUGGUUAUUGUGGACCCAGAGACUAAUAAAGAGAUGACAGUACGUGAAGCAUAUGACAAAGGUUAUAUUGACCAUGACACGUUCCUGGAGCUGUCCGAUCAGGAGUGUGAGUGGGAAGAGAUAACUACCACUGCUCCAGAUGGUUCUAUAGAGUUGGUUAUCAUCAUGGACAAGAGGUCUGGAAGAAAGUAUGAUGUAACUGAGCUGAUUGAAAAGCAAAUUAUUAGUCAGUCCCAUUUAGAUGAUUACAGAUCGCGUAAAAUCACUCUGACCCAAUUUGCAGACAUCGUCACCAACAAGACCAAACGUGGAUCAUCAUCAUCAUCAUCAUCAUCAUCAUCAACAUCAACAUCAUCAUCAUUUAAAUCAGUUGCCCCAGUUACAUGUUCAACUACAUCAUCUUCAACUUUAAAAACAUCAGCAGUCUCGGUUCCAUUGUCAGGGAAAUUAUCUUCUUCACCAUCAGUCCCCCCAAGACCCUUAUCACCUACCCUCGCCAAGAUGACCACAACAAGAACUACCACAUUCACAGAGCGAAGCGCUUCAACCAGUAGUACAGCUCGUGACUCAUCUGACUCUCUAAGGGGUAUAUCCAGUGUUUCUGUCACCCUAGCCUCUGUUGCUGAAUCAGUGGGGGAACAGGAACCUGUGGGUGCCAUAUUUCACACAGAUACAUUAGAGAAAAUAUCCAUCACAGAGGCUCUAAAUCGUGGUCUGGUAGAUUCCAUCACUGCCCAGAGACUGCUGGAGGCUCAGGCCUGCACUGGAGGAAUAAUUGAUCCCACAAAUGGCCGUAGGCUAAGCAUCCAAGAGGCUACCCGGCAGGGCAUAAUAAAUGACGACAUGGCCCAUAAGCUCAAGCCUGCCCAAAAAGCCUACUUUGGCUUUGAGGAUGUAAAGACCAAGAAGAAGAUGUCUGCUGCUCAGGCCAUGAAGGAGAUGUGGCUGCCAUAUGAGGCAGGGAAUAGGUUCCUGGAGUUCCAGGUUGCCACAGGGGGGGUUUAUGACCCAGAAAUGGGCUGUCGAAGAACCAUGGAAGACGCCAUUAAAAUGGGCUGGCUGACUGUAAGAGCAGCUCAGAAUCUCCAAGACCUCAGAAACCACACAAAGAACAUGAACUGCCCAAAGACCAAACUUAAGAUCUCUUACAAGGAGGCUCUGGAUAAUUGUCUGGUGGAGGAAAGCAAUGGGAUGAAAAUGCUCCAGGCAUCAUCUGAGUCUUCCAGAGGAAUCAGCAGUCCCUACAAUGCCUCCUCUGCCCCAGGAUCCGCUGCUGGCUCCAGGAGUGGUUCACGAUGCGGCUCCCGCCGGAGCAGUGUCGACCUAGGCUCCCCCCUCUCCUCAUCGAACACCUUCUCAACUUCUUACCAGAGUCGUACAACCUCCAAUACACUCUCCCCAAGAUCUACUUAUUAAAGUAAAGAUCAGGCGCAAUAAUUCUCAUGCCAAUUAGUCAGUUUGUUAAAACUAUACUGAUUUAAAAAAAAUAAUUGUGUUUUGUAUACGAGGAGAACAAUUCUAACUAUUUUCCUUGAAAGGUUCGUUUUGUUCUUUGCAUUGUUUUAGUUUUAGCUCUGUUGUUGCUAUGCUUUUAAAAUGCUUGUUUACAAGUUAUUGUUAAAAUGAACAUUGUCAAGACAUUUUUUGUAGAAAUUGACUCGAGUAUUAUUGGGCCUCUGAAGGUAUUUGGAUUUGUUUUAAGUUAAUACAAUUGACAGGCACUAUUGCCCCUAAAAUAGGCUUAGAAAUUAUCGCCAUAUUCUUGCAUACACAUAUUACAGAUAUGUUUUUUUAAUCGUUGUAGAAUACUCAUUUCUUUUUAAUUGGUAAAACAAUAAUGUUCUGUAUACAUUCAUUUUUGAAAUACCUAUUUUGUGAAGGCAGGGAUGCAAGGUUUGGUUACAUAUAUUGGCUUAAGUAUUUUUUUCACUUAAUCAGUUGUCAGCCAUUGGUGUUUUGUUCCUUGGUGCUUUGGUUUUAUAACAGUUUCCCAAUAUCUCAAAAAUAAAAGCUAACAUUUGUCUUUUGCUCA